GAUCUAGUUCAGGAUCAAAAUUAAAAGUUCCUGAGCUGAGUAUAAAUGGCAUACAGCACGUUGUUCAAGCAGGCCAGACUUUAAAUCUCACCUGCAGGGGGGAAAUGGUUCAUUCAUGGUCUUUGCCUGAAACUCUAAGUAAGGAUAGCAAAAGGCUGAAAGUAAUUAAAUAUGCCUGUGGAAGGAAUGGGAAGCAGUCCUGCAGCAGUCUGACCUUGAGCAGAACUCAAGCAAGUGACACUGGAAACUAUAGCUGCAAAUACCCAACAAGUCCAGUGAAAAAGAAGAAGGAAUCUACAGUCUAUGUAUUUAUUAAUGAUACUAGCAAUCCAUUUGUAGAGAUGCACAGUGAUAUACCUAAAAUAAUACACAUGACUGUGGGAAGAGAAAUGAUCAUUCCAUGUAGAGUCACAGCACCAAAUAUUGCUGUUACUUUAAAAAAGAUUCCACGCGAAACCCUAAUUCCUGAUGGCAAGACAAUAAUCUGGGACAGCAUGAAAGGCUUCAGAAUACCUAAGGCAACCUACAAAUUCAUAGGGCUCCUGAGCUGUGAAACAACCAUCGGUGGGCACAAGUAUAGCACAAAGUACCUAACGCACAGAGAAACCAACACAAUUUUUGAUGUUCAGUUAAGCACUCCACGUCUUGUCAAAUUGCUGAGAGGAGACAGCCUGGCAAUCAACUGCACCGUCACCGCAGCCUGGAACACCAGAGUGCAGAUGACAUGGACUUAUCCUGGAGAGGCAAGAAAGAGAGGUUCUGUAACACAGCGCAUUGACCAGAAGAAUACAGAGGCCAAUAUUUUUUACAGUAUCCUCGUUGUUGACAAAGUGCGCGAUAUUGAUAAAGGCCAAUAUACCUGCCACGUGAAGAGCGGGCCAUCAAUCAAAGCUGUUAACACAACAGUCAUUGUUUACGAUAAAAUGUUCAUUAAUUUGAAACGUCGAAGAAAAACCACACUGGAGGCUGUAGCUGGAAGAAAAUCCUAUCGUUUGUCAAUGAAAGUGAAGGCGUUUCCCUCUCCAGAGGUUAUAUG